AUGGCCCCUCCAAGUGAGGAGACCCCCCUGAUCUCUCAGCGCUCCUGCAGCCUCUCAUCCUCAGAGGCUGGUACCCUGCAUGUCCUGCUUCCCCCGAGGGGCCCGGGGCCCCCUGAGAGACUCUCCUUUUCCUUUGGGGAUCACUCGGCGGAGGAACUGUGUGUACGGGCUGCUAAGGCCAGUGGAAUCCUGCCAGUGUACCAUUCCCUCUUUGCCUUGGCCACCGAGGACCUGUCCUGCUGGUUCCCCCCAAGCCACGUGUUCUCUGUGGAGGAUGGGAGCACUCACAUCCUGGUCUACAGGCUCCGCUUUUACUUCCCCAACUGGUUUGGCCUGGAGAAAUGCCACCGCUUUGGGCUCCGCAAGGACUUGGCCAGUGCCAUCCUCGACCUGCCGGUAGUGGAGCACCUCUUUGCCCAGCACCGCAGCGACCUGGUGAAUGGUCACCUCCGGGUGGGGCUGGACCUCAAGGAGCAGGGCGAGUGCCUCAGCCUGGCUGUGCUGGACCUGACUCGCAUGGCGCUUGAGCGGGCCCAGCAACCGGAGGAUCUGCUGAAGACCAUCAGCUACAAGGCCUGCCUGCCGCCCAGCCUGCGCAACUUCAUCCAGGGCCUCAGCUUUGUGACCCGGAGGCGCAUCCGGAGGACCGUGAGCCUGGCUCUGCGCCGCGUGGCUGCCUGCCAAGCGGACCGGCAAUCGCUCAUGGUCAAGUACAUUAUGGACCUGGAGCGGCUGGACCCAUCCGGAGCCGUCGAGACCUUCCACGUGGGCCUUCCGGGGGUCCCCGGGGGUCAGGACCAGCAGGGCCUGCUGAGUGUGGCCGCUGGCAGCGGCAUCUCCUGGAGCCUGGGCGACCACGAGAGUCUGCAGCCCUUCUGUGACUUCCCCGAAAUCGUAGACGUCAGUGUCAAGCAGGCCCAGCGCACGGGUCCAGCUGGGGAGCACCGCAUGGUCACCAUCACCAGGGCGGACAAUCAGAUCCUGGAGACCGAGUUCCCCGGGCUCCUGGCCGCCUUGUCCUUCGUGGCGCUCGUGGACGGCUACUUCCGGCUCACCACCGACUCGCGACACUACUUUUGUAAAGAGGUGGCGCCUCCGAGGCUGCUGGAGGAGGUGGCUGAGCAUUGCCAUGGUCCCAUCACGCUGGAUUUUGCCAUUGACAAGCUCAAGACAAAGGGCUCACUUCCUGGCUCCUACGUCCUCCGCCGGAGCCCCCAAGACUUUGACAGCUUCCUGCUCACUGUCUGUGUUCAGACACCCCUUGGCCCAGAUUACAAAGGUUGCCUCAUCCAGCGAGACCCCACUGGAACUGUCUCCCUGGCUGGUGUGGGGCGGCCCCACAGCAGCCUUCGUGAACUCCUGGCAGCCUGCUGGGAUGGUGGGCUGCAUGUAGAUGGAAUUGCCCUGAACCUCAUCUCCUGCUGCCUCCCUAGACCCAAAGAAAAGUCCAACCUGAUUGUGGUCCGGGGAGGCUGCAAUCUGCCCACGUCAUCCCUUGUUCAGCCCCAAUCCCAAUGCCAGCUGAGCCAGAUGACAUUUCACAAGAUCCCACCAGACAGCCUGGAGUGGCAUGAAAACCUGGGCCACGGGUCCUUCACUAAAAUUUACCGGGGUUGUCGCCAUGAGGCCAUCGAGGGAGAAGUCUGGGAGACUGAGGUGCUGCUCAAGGUGAUGGAUGCCAAGCAUAAGAACUAUAUGGAGUCAUUUCUGGAAGCAGCAAGCUUGAUGAGCCAAGUGUCGUAUCAGCAUCUCGUCUUGCUGCAUGGCGUGUGCAUGGCUGGAGACAGCAUCAUGGUCCAGGAGUUUGUGCACCUGGGGGCACUAGACACAUACCUGCGCAAGCGUGGCCACCUGGUGCCAGCCAGCUGGAAGCUGCAGGUGGUCAAGCAGCUGGCCUACGCGCUGAACUAUUUAGAGGACAAAGGCCUCACUCAUGGCAACGUCUCAGCCCGGAAGGUGCUUCUGGCUCGGGAAGGAGCUGACGGAAGCCCACCCUUCAUCAAGCUGAGUGACCCUGGGGUCAGCCCCAUGGUGCUAAGCCUGGAGAUGCUCACCGACAGGAUCCCCUGGGUGGCCCCUGAGUGUCUCCAGGAGGCCCGGACACUCGGCUUGGAGGCUGACAAGUGGGGUUUUGGUGCCACAGUCUGGGAGGUGUUCAGCGGGGUCCCCAUGCCCAUUAGUGCCCUGGAUCCUGCCAAGAAACUCCAGUUCUAUAAGGACCAGCAGGAGCUGCCAGCCCCCAAGUGGACAGAGCUGGCCCUGAUGAUCCAGCAGUGCAUGGCCUAUGAGCCGGGUCACAGGCCCUCCUUCCGCGCGGUCAUCCGAGACCUCAACAGCCUCAUCACUUCAGAUUACGAGCUCCUCUCGGAUCCCACGCCUAAUGCCUUGGCACCCCGCGAUGGGCUGUGGAAUGGAGUCCAGUUGUAUGUCUGUCAGGACCCCACGAUCUUCGAGGAGAGGCACCUCAAGUACAUCUCACAGCUGGGCAAGGGCAACUUUGGCAGCGUGGAGUUGUGCCGCUAUGACCCACUGGGCGACAACACAGGCGCUCUGGUGGCUGUGAAACAGCUACAGCACAGCGGGCCAGACCAGCAGAGGGACUUCCAGAGGGAGAUUCAGAUUCUUAAAGCCCUUCACAGUGACUUCAUCGUCAAGUAUCGUGGUGUCAGCUAUGGCCCUGGCCGCCAGAGCCUGCGCCUGGUCAUGGAGUACCUGCCCAGCGGCUGCUUGCGUGACUACCUGCAGAGGUACCGCACCCGCCUGGACGCAGGCCGCCUGCUUCUGUACGCCUCGCAGAUCUGCAAGGGCAUGGAAUACCUGGGCCUCUGCCGCUGUGUUCACCGAGACCUGGCGGCCCGCAACAUCCUGGUGGAGAACGAGGCGCACGUCAAGAUCGCCGACUUCGGCCUCGCCAAGCUGCUGCCGCUCGACAAGGACUAUUAUGUGGUCCGCGAGCCAGGCCAGAGCCCCAUUUUCUGGUACGCCCCCGAGUCUCUCUCGGACAACGUCUUCUCGCGCCAGUCCGAUGUCUGGAGCUUUGGGGUUGUCCUGUACGAGCUCUUCACCUACAGCGACCGGAGCUGCAGUCCCUCGUCCGAGUUCAUGCGGAUGAUGGGGUGUGAACGAGAGGCCUCCGUCCUCCACUGCCUCCUGGAGCUGUUGGCCAAGGGCCAGAGGCUGCCCGCACCCAGCGGCUGUCCCUCUGAGGUUCACGAUCUUAUGAAGUUGUGCUGGGCCCCCAGUCCACAGGAGCGGCCGUCUUUCAGCGCCUUGGGCCCUCGGCUGGACUUGCUGUGGAGUGCCACCAGAGGAUCUCCUGCAGACUUCCACUGCUGGCUGCGUGACCUCGGGCCGGGAGCCACCUCUCUGGGCCUCAAAGGAUUCAUGAAUGGUCCCUUUUUCACAGAGACCCCCUCCAACUUUGCAUGUUGGAAGUAUUACUGGCUUGAGGAGUAA